UGUAGCGGUCCGUUUGGAUCUCUGUGUGUGAGGUAAGGUAUCAAGAAUCUAGAGUGUUUGUGUGCUAUCCCUUUCACUCAUGUACAAGAGUACAUAGCAACAAGUGCUCAGGAAGGGGUAUAAAAGACCGGUCCUGAACUGUUCUGCUAAACACUUUGUUUUCAAACUCCCGUUCAAGCAUUGCCAGUGACAAAAUUCUCAAUGUCGUCAGAAAUUUACGAAGAGGAGAUCCUCUACGAAACGUUCAGGGAUUUAUUCACCAAUAAUCACGUAACUCUGCCGGAUUUGAAGGAUUUCGUCGAAGAGCAAAUGCAGUUCUAUCAACCUUGCGAUUGUCCUGCGGGGGAAAGGAUCAGCUCCAGCGCAUCAGGAAACUCCUCCGAUCCUGGACCCAGCAAAAAGAGGCGCAAUUAUCGAACGAGCUUCACAAAGGAGCAGAGGAAGAUACUGGAAAAGAAGUUCCAGGAAUCGAAGUAUCUGACCAGGGUUCAGCGCUGUGAACUGGCUGAGAAAAUUGGCGUCACCGAAACGGCUAUCCGGGGUUGGUUCCAGAAUCAACGCACAAAGAUUGGCAAGAAUGCCAACAAAUCUCCGGAGACUUCUUCAGUCAGUUCUGGGUCGUCAGAUUGGGCCCCGAGGACUCCAACUCCUGCACAGCAUCAGCCUGUUCCUGAUCCCCUACCCCCACAGACUCAUCUACUCACCCAGACCCGGGAGUACCCUGACUGCCUCAACUACCCUCAUUCCCAAGCUGACCCUUCGCAUUUCAGCCAUUCUAGGCAAGUUAAUCCGUCUCACUACUAUCUACCUCCCUAUCCUACACCGCCUAUGCCCUAUCCACCGCCUUAUCCACCGCCCUACAAUUUCGGACACUACGGUUACAAUUACGGACACUACGGCUAUCAUCCGUAGAAUCUUCAGUAAAAAUUCUUUACUGAAUUUUCUUUACUCCUUCAGACAAACUUUAACGAAAAAGGAUUUACUUUUGCUAAAUUAUAAAUUGUUCACAGUUAAAAUCUUAAAAAAAAAUUGUAAUAAUUGACAAAAAAAGUUUGUACAUUGUUUUGUGAGUAAAGUUUAAAUAUUUUAGUAAAGAAAAA